AUGUCUUCGAACUCUGAUCCACGCCAUCGCGCAACCAACUCGCAAAAUACCAUCACAUCGCCGCUCGCACAAGCUCCCAGGCUCAUUCCGCCGUCGCAACCGCGACCUGCUUCCGCUUUCCGCAGGCCGCUCUCCGAGGCAUCAGACCAAUCCAACCGCCAUUCAGGCCCAACCAUUCGCAUAGUCGACGAUCCUGGGAACGAUGUUUACGACAAAUUUCCAUUACCAAGUGAACCCUCGCAGAUCCUUCCACCUCCUCGCAAUGCGCCAGGUUACGUGUUCGAGACCCCAGGAUCCCGUGUUUCAAGUGGUAGCCGUGUUGCCAAUGCCCUCGCAAAGUUCGAAGCCAUUGGCGCCGGCACCACCCUUGCUCCACAGCCACCCGCCCAUCGUCCAAAGAACACUUUCAGACACUCGGUGUCCACCAACACGUCUGAGGACGACACCCUUGUGGGAACUUUCAACUCGCGAUCCUCCUUGCGAUUUUCCCAAGGAAGCACACCCCCGUCUUCGCCCGGCCAGCAUGAAUUAAAGGACUUUGAAACAGAGCUAGAAGUACUAGAAGAAGAAACUACUCCUCCCGCUCGAAGGUCUACUAUACGCGCUGUCCCGCCUUCAUCGUCCGGUGGUGAAUCAGUUACAAGUCGUACUCGUGCCUUAUCGCCCCAGGAAUCUGUUGCAUCGUUUGCCUCGACUACGCCUGCGGCCUCACCUGCCUCACCUAGUAAUGCCGACCGAAACUCGACGGGUGUCAGUCGACCGUUACCGAAAGAGUAUACCCCGUCUGCCGGAUCUGAAGACGGACGCCAGCAGGCUCUCGAUAGUGACUUUUCGCAUCGACAACUUGUAUUGAAGCCAUCCACGGAGUCGUUUGCAUACUCUGACAUUUCGUCCACCAGCAUCGAACCCAAGCAACCUACCUUUUCGCCAUCACCAAGUAUUCAUGAAGCGAGUACAGCCACUUGGGCAAGCGGGAUCAAAGUCAACUAUCCCGUCGUACGUCCCCCCACGAACAACAACCAGCGGGCCGAGUCCCAGACCACACCGAACAUUGCAUCACGGAUGCUUGACCUCGGUCUUGCGCACAACUGGAGCUCUCAGCUAUCCACUAUUGCAUCCGUUUCGGAACGUGACUCCCGAUCACUUGCGCGUGGAUCUCGAUCGUUCAGCCCGAGAUCGCUGUCAUCCGACAGCUAUGCAGAGAGAAGCCAGACUCACUUGCCAAGGAGGAGAGGGCAAACAGUGGGAAGCUACAACUCAUCCUCCGACAACUACUCUUCUGAGCCUUCGGAGUCGGCAGUCCCCCUGCCGCUAUUCUCGCCUCAACUGCAACCAUCCAGCGAGUACAACGAGAAAAGCUUUGGAGAUGAGGACCUUGAUACGGUCUCGCCACUGCCUCCAUCCAACACGAUCCGAAUGAAGAACUCUGGGUACCUGCGAAGGCAAAACAGCGAUACAUCUUUAAACUCUUCGCGACCAGGCUCAUCACAAUCCGAUGUCUCCACAUUCAAUCGUAGCAUUAUCCCAGCAUGGGCAAGGGCAUACUAUCAGCAUGGUGAACGCAUCUCAAUGAUGGCACCUCUUUCAGAAUCAUCUGGUAGCAUACGUUUAGGAACUUCGCACAGCGGUCGCACCAACACGCCAUCUGAAAGCAACUUCCCAGCGCACAUUCAUCGUCCACGCAAUCGGCCACGUAAUCGCGGAUCGCACGCUGAUACCAUGUCGCUAUCCUCGGAACAGCUGAUCGAUGACGAUGGCUAUGCAACUGGACCUCACAUGCAACCCAUUAGCGGCUGGUCAACACCACAUCUCCGCACUGACAGGCGCGGAUAUCCUCGCUACAGCUUUUGGAAGGCACCUUCGAUGGACAAAGAUUUCGGCAAGCGACCCUUUAGCCGUCAAAACAGACAGAUCCUCCUCUUCACCCUAGGAUUCAUCUUCUUCCCUGCAUGGUGGAUCGCAUCUUGUCUGCCCUUACCAUUCGACCCGGCUUCGGUACAGAACGAGAGUCAAGUCGACUUCGAGCAGCAGUAUGCCCAACAGAUCGCGACAGUAGACAACAAGGCCUAUCAGAAAGCCAGUUGGUGGCGCAACUUGAACCGAGUGAUGUCAGGAGUUGGAACGCUCUUAGUUGGCGUCAUAGUUGCACUAGGCAUUCUGGCUUCCAGAAUGUGA